GUAGUACAAGUACACAUGGAUUCCUGGGUGUGCGUGUUGCUCUGUGUUGUCUGCCUUCUGUCUCUGCUGGCUUGGAAGCUGAGCAGUACGAGUCGACGUGAUGGAGGCGCACACAAGAUCCCCCAGCUGCCAUCACUUCCUGUCAUCGGCAGCCUGCUGAGUCUCCAAAGUUGCCAUCCUCCUCACGUGCUCUUCCAGAAGCUGCAGCACAAGUACGGCGACACGUACGCGCUCAUGAUGGGCUCGCAACGCGUCAUCGUGGUCAACCAGCACCGCCACGCCAGGGAAGUCCUGCUCAAGAAGGGCAAGGUGUUUGCGGGGAGGGCCAGGACGGUGACCACGGACGUCCUGACCAGAGACGGUAAGGACAUUGCUUUUGGAGACUACAGCGCCACCUGGAAGUUCCACAGGAAGGUGGUCCAUGGAGCUCUCUGCAUGUUUGGACAAGGUUCUGCUUCCAUCGAGAAGAUCAUCUGCACGCAGGCACAGUCCCUUUGCUGCCUCCUCUCAGAGAAAGCUGAGGCAUCCGUGGACUUUUGCCCCGAGCUGACGUGCGCCGUCACCAACGUGGUUUGUUCUCUGUGCUUCAACGACACGUACCGCAGAGGAGACCCCGAGUUCGAGACCAUGCUUCAUUACAGCAAGGGCAUCGUGGACACCGUCGCCAAGGACAGCCUGGUGGACAUCUUCCCUUGGUUGCAGAUUUUCCCCAAUUCCGACCUGCAGCUCCUGAAACAAUGUGUUUCUAUUCGAGACCAACUUCUAUGGAGGAAAUAUGAAGAACACAAGGCAGACUACAGCGAUCAUCUGCAGAGAGACCUGGUGGAUGCUCUACUGAGAGCCAAGCGCAGUGCCGAGAACAACAACACGGCAGAAAUCAGUGCAGACAGCGUGGACCUCAGUGAUGACCACAUCCUGAUGACAGUGGGGGACAUCUUUGGAGCGGGUGUGGAAACCACCGUCACUGUGCUCCAGUGGGCCAUCAUCUACCUCAUCCAUCAUCCUGAGGUACAAGCUCGCAUCCAGGAGGAGCUGGACAGCAAGGUAGGAGAAGGGCGGAGCCCUCACCUUAGUGACAGAGGUAGUCUGCCUUACCUGGAGGCCACCAUCAAGGAGGUGUUGCGGAUACGUCCUGUGGCGCCUCUCCUCAUCCCCCAUGUGGCGCUCUGUGACACCAGCCUUGGGAAUUUCAAAGUGCAAAAAGGAACGCGUGUCAUCGUCAACCUGUGGUCUUUGCACCACGACGAGAAGGAAUGGAAGCAUCCCGAGCUCUUUGAUCCCGGUCGAUUCUUGAACGACGACGGCACGGGCGUGACCGCGCCGUCGUGCAGUUACCUGCCCUUUGGAGCCGGGGUCAGGGUGUGUCUCGGGGAGGCCUUGGCCAAGAUGGAACUCUUCCUCUUCCUGUCCUGGAUUCUGCAGUGCUUCACGCUUUCCACCCCGCCAGGUCAACCCCCGCCCCUGUUGGAGGGCAAGUUUGGCGUGGUCCUGCAGCCCGCCAAGUACAAGGUGACGGCCGUGCCCAGACCGAGCUGGAAGGCAAAGCGUCAGGCUUGUUAACUUCAUGCCAUCUUCUUACAAAACCAUAUCUAAGUCACGGUCUCUGACACUUUUUCAUGGGAGAGUUACUUUUACAAACCUUAACAAGCUAAACAAACCCAAUAAUCUUGUUUUGUCAGAACAUGAACAAAAUGUUGCUAUCCACAAAUCACACUUUGCAUGGAAACUACUUUGUUUAUCCACCUCAGGGGUGCCCAAACUUCUUCCACUGGAAACCACACACUGACAAAACAAAGGAUGCAGCGGCCAUUUUGGUAGUCUUAAAAACCAGUACGAUAUAUACAGUAUAUACCGUAUUUUGCGGAGUAUAAGUCGCACCUGCCGAAAAUGCAUAAUAAAGAAGGAAAAAACAUAUAUAAGUCGCACUGGAGUAUAGGUCGCAUUUUUGGGGGAAAUGUAUUUGAUAAAACCCAACACCAAGAAUAGACAUUUGAAAGGCAAUUUAAAAUAAAUAAAGACUAGUGAACAACAGGCUGAAUAAGUGUACGUUAUAUGAGGCAUAAAUAACCAACUGAGAACGUGCCUGGUAUGUUAACGUAACAUAUUAUGGUAAGAGUCAUUCAAAUAACUAUAACAUAUAGAACAUGCUAUACGUUUACCAAACAAUCUGUCACUCCUAAUCGCUAAAUCCCAUGAAAUCUUAUACGUCUAGUCUCUUACGUGAAUGAGCUAAAUAAUAUUAUUUGAUAUUUUACGGUAAUGCGUUAAUAAUUUCACACAUAAGUCGCUCCUGAGUAUAAGUCGCACCCCCGGCCAAACUAUGAAAAAAACUGCGACUUAUAGUCCGAAAAAUACGGUAUAUAUUUUUUUAAACUACAAAAUGCAAUUUCGGUAGAAAUUUGGUGUGAUUGCUGAAGAGCCAAAGCCGAACUGAAAUGCUAACAGUUAGCACGCUGGACAUAUAGCGUCCGAAAAAAGAUAUAAGCUAAACAAGCUAAAAGAUAGCAUGCUAACAGUACAACGCUAACCUUAGCAUUAGUGAAAUACCAAAAUAUAGGACACUGAUGUGUAUAACUGCUAAAUUAGCUAAAUAAAUCGAGCAUGUUAAUGUUAACAUUCUAAAAUGCUAACUAAUAUGCGUCGAUUAACAAAAUAUAUUACUCUGAAGUGUGCAAUUUCGGUAGAAAUUUGAAGAGCCAGCCAAAGCCGAACUGAAAUGCUAACAGUUAGCACGCUGGACAUAUAGUGUCCGAAAAAAGAUAUGAGCUAAAUAAGCUAAAAGAUAGCAUGCUAACAGUACAACGCUAACCUUAGCAUUAGUGAAAUACCAAAAUAUAGGACACUGAUGUGUAUAACUGCUAAAUUAACUAAAUAAAUCGAGCAUGUUAAUAUUAGCAUUCUAAUAUGCGUCAAGUAAAAAAAUAUAUUACUCUGAAGUGUGCAAUUUCGGUAGAAAUUUAAAGAGCCAAAGCCGAACUGAAAUGCUAACAGUUAGCACGCUGGCCAUAUAGCGUCCAAAAAAAGAUAUAAGCUAAACAAGCUAAAAGAUAGCAUGCGAACAGUACAACGCUAACCUUAGCAUUAGUGAAAUACCAAAAUAUAGGACACUGAUGUGUAUAACUGCUAAAUUAGCUAAAUAAAUCGAGCAUGUUAAUGUUAACAUUCUAAAAUGCUAACUAAUAUGCGUCGAUUAACAAAAUAUAUUACUCUGAAGUGUGCAAUUUCGGUAGAAAUUUGAAGAGCCAGCCAAAGCCGAACUGAAAUGCUAACAGUUAGCACGCUGGACAUAUAGUGUCCGAAAAAAGAUAUGAGCUAAAUAAGCUAAAAGAUAGCAUGCUAACAGUACAACGCUAACCUUAGCAUUAGUGAAAUACCAAAAUAUAGGACACUAAUGUGUAUAACUGCUAAAUUAACUAAAUAAAUCGAGCAUGUUAAUGUUAGCAUUCUAAUAUGCGUCAAGUAACAAAAUAUAUUACUCUGAAGUGUGCAAUUUCGGUAGAAAUUUAAAGAGCCAAAGCCGAACUGAAAUGCUAACAGUUAGCACGCUGGCCGUAUAGCGUCCCCCCCCCCCC